GGGGGGAAAAAGAAGAAAGGACCAAAAAAAAAAGCAGCCAGAAAGCAGUGAAGGAGCCUGAUCCAGUCCAGCAGUCCCAGAGGGAAUAAUGGAUGUGACCAUCUCUCAGUUCAUCUUAGAAGAAUUUGAUGUGAACUGCAGUCUCCUGGAUCGUUUACACGAGACUUUUUUAGAGAGUUCCUCUCUGCCUUUCCUGGGCUUUGAUGGUCCGUACUGCAAUGCCACCACGGACCAGAUCGGGACCUGCUGGCCCAGAACCUCCGCGGGGGAACUCGUGGAGAGACCCUGCCCCGAGUUCUUCAAUGGGAUCAAGUACAACACCACCAGAAAUGCCUACAGAGAAUGCCUGGGCAAUGGGACAUGGGCUUCCAAGAUAAACUACUCUCAGUGCGAGCCUAUUCUGGAUGACAAGAGGAAGUAUGCGCUCCAUUACAAGAUUGCUCUCAUCAUAAACUACCUGGGCCACUGUAUUUCAGUAGGGGCCCUCAUAGUUGCCUUUAUGCUUUUCUUGUGCUUGAGGAGUAUCAGAUGUCUGAGGAAUAUUAUCCACUGGAACUUGAUCACCACGUUCAUCCUGAGGAAUGUGAUGUGGUUUCUGCUUCAAAUGAUAGAUCACAACAUCCAUGAGAGCAAUGAGCCCUGGUGUCGAUGUAUUACCACUGUCUACAAUUACUUUGUGGUGACCAACUUCUUCUGGAUGUUUGUGGAAGGCUGCUACUUACACACUGCUAUAGUGAUGACUUACUCCACUGAUAAGCUGAGGAAAUGGGUCUUUCUCUUCAUAGGAUGGUGUAUUCCCUGCCCAAUCAUCAUUGCCUGGGCCAUUGGCAAGCUGUAUUAUGAAAAUGAGCAGUGCUGGUUUGGAAAAGAGCCAGGGAAAUACAUUGACUACAUCUACCAAGGGCCAGUGAUUCUUGUUCUCCUGAUCAAUUUUGUAUUUCUAUUUAACAUAGUUAGGAUUUUAAUGACAAAGCUGAGAGCUUCAACCACUUCAGAAACAAUCCAGUACAGGAAGGCAGUCAAGGCCACGUUGGUUCUCCUGCCCCUGCUUGGCAUCACCUACAUGCUUUUCUUUGUCAACCCUGGCGAGGAUGACAUUUCCCAGAUUGUUUUCAUCUAUUUCAAUUCCUUCCUUCAGUCUUUUCAGGGUUUCUUUGUGUCAGUAUUUUACUGCUUCUUGAAUGGUGAGGUGCGUUCUGCUGCCAGGAAGAGGUGGCACCGCUGGCAGGACCACCACUCCCUGCGGGUGCGCGUGGCUCGGGCCAUGUCCAUCCCCACGUCCCCCACGCGCAUCAGCUUCCACAGCAUCAAACAGACCGCGGCCGUCUGACCCGCCACCGCCGCCACCACCACCACCACCACCACCAACACCACCCCGUGGCCUUCAGAGCUCUCCUGUCUCCACUCCCGCCCCAGAGCCCCUUCCUGCAACCUGCAAACUCUGCUCCUUUGGCCCCACUGAUCUCUUUCCAGUGAGGGGCCCAUCCUGUUUCAUCUCCCACGUCCGCGAUGCUGCUUGGAGGCAACCAGGAAAAAGCCUCUUGGAGUUGGUGGUGGUAAAACAGAUUCAAAGAAGGAACAGGUUCGACCCUGACUGCAUCCUGUGGAAGUUCACAAGGCAAAGUCUAAAACAGCACACUGGCAGGAAUAAUCAAUUUUUUUUUCACCUUACUUUCUUUUUUUUGUUUGUUUAUAUUCCCCCUUUCAUAUUGCGGUGAGCAAACUGUUUUGAACACACUGCCCAUCUCACCCUGUACAUUGAUUCCCAAUGAUUUCAACAGUUUUGGUGUAUAAUAGCCCAUCCCUUUCUUGUUUUCUUUGUAAAAAUGUUUCUUCUGUGCAAAACUGUCAUUUGAGAACUUGUGGCAGCAAGAAAAAGAGCAUCUGAAUGGUGAAAAGGUGUGAAAAGCCUGAAUUUAUCUGCCUUCCCCAUUUCUCUCUUGGACAGACUGGGAAUUGUCAGGGCAUCGCUGGACUGUUCCACACAGGGCACUUUGCCUGGUGAGCACCAUGCCCUGCUCUUACACAGAUUUUCAAAGGACAGGAGUAGCUCUAAGUGGCUCUACAAAAUACUCUCAUUCCUCUUAGCCCCACGCUUCCAAGCACAGUGUAAGUGGAAAGCCUUUGGAAAGUGGUUUGUUUUCAGCUCAGAGCAUUAGGGCAGGGAAGGACAGCUCUUCUGGGUUUAAAAAACACAAAAGGGAAGCACUGUAAAGAUAAUACGGAUGAGAAGAGGAUAUUUGUGUUCCAAGGAUAAUGCUACGUGCUGCACAAAAGUAUCUAUUGAGCAUUUUGAACUAGAGCAGUUGUAUCUACCAGGCUUUUUAUGUGAUGUUCAAGAAAACUGUAUAUUUUCAAUAAUAAACACUACUCUGGGUUGGUUUCAAUAAAA